AGUAUUGCAAAGAAAUUCGUGACGUGUGGUUAAAGAAAAAGAAACUGCGGUUGGAGCAAAAUAGAAAUUAUACAAAAAAUCACCAACGUGGGUAAAAAAAUAUGAACCAAAAAUGUCUAAAGCUCCUUAACUAAUAUAAACAAACACUAUGUAAAUAAUUUAAUUAAAACAAAAACUUUAAAAAAAACGCUCUCUUUCACACUCCGCUACUUUUCCCACACUUUCUUGCAACACGGCAACUGUUUCCUGUAAAAACUACAUCUUUAAUAACCAACAACUAUAUAAAAACACAAACACUCCAAAUAUGAGUGUUUCUACUACCACCUUAACAUUAACUCGUGUACCCUCACUAGAUGAAACUUUACAAAAAGCUCAGUAUAACUAUCAGUCAGUUAAUAAUACAACAAAUAACAGCAAUAUCAACAAUAACAACAACAAUAACAGCAUUACCUCGUCAGCCACAUACUAUCACUUUCCCAGUGAAACGAUAUUAAACUUUAAAAAUGAACCAAGACCAUUAACAUCUGAAGAAUCAUUACUGCUAGAGAAAACCAAGCAGACGCAUAAUCAUGCUAAUGCCACCAAUGGUCUACUCAUGCACAAGAGUAGUAGUUAUAAUGGUACCACAGUUAAAGGCAAAUCCACUAUCAUCAAACAGGAUAGUUUGAAUGGACGCAUUAAUACAACACUCACCGAUAGUGAUAGUGAAUAUGGUAGUCGUAUUACCAUACCACCCACAAAAUCAGCCGGCAGCAGCUCUUCGCCUAUGGCUAAUGAAGCCGAUGAUGAACAUGAUAGCUUUUUAGUGGGUGGUUCUUCGUUGGCCGAAACUGCCACUUCAAGUAGUUGUAAUAAUCGUCGUUCAAAUCGUUCGAAUAGUAAAACCCGCACUUCAAUAUGUUAUCGUGCCAAUGCUUUUAUCUCACGCAAUUGGUAUCUCAGUUAUUUGGUACCACUCUCCAUACUCCUGGCUCUCAUGUUUGUCGCUUAUUUGACACGAGAUUAUGCGAAACGUUUGCUGUAUUGGAUUGAGACCCAGAAUCCUUGGAUUAUAUUCACCAUAUUUAUGUUUCUCUUUAUUGUUGUUAGUUUUCCAAUUGUAGUGGGUUAUUUUGUGCUGAUGAUAACAGCGGGUUAUUUGUUUGGCUGCAUUAAGGGCUUCCUAACUGUGAUAUUGGGUGCAAAUAUGGGUAUCGCCAUAGCUCAUGUAACUUUAAGAAGUUUACGGCAUCGUUUACCUAUACAAAAGUGAAUUAAUUAAAAUGAGACUGGACGCGCAAUAUUGCGUGUUAUAUCUGGACCGAGAGCAUUUCGUGUUGUAUUAUUUACUCGUUUAACGCCCAUACCAUUUGGCAUACAAAAUGCAAUAUUUGGGGUCAGUACAAUUAAUUCAAAAGUCUAUCAUACUGCUACAUUUUUGGGUCUUUUGCCAGCGCAAAUGAUUAAUGUUUAUUUGGGCUCGACUUUAAGGUCAAUGCAUGAAGUCCUUAAUAAUCAUGGGACUGCGGUGACGGGUUAUAUUAGCUUUGGUGUUGAGGUCAUUUGUGGCGUUGCCUUGAUGUUUUGGGUGGUACAAACUCGCAAAGAAUUAUCGGAAACUUUGCUUACUGACAUAAGCAGCGAUGGCAAAUUAAUCGAUAUACAAGUGUAGCAAGACUGUAGUAAUUUAAUUUUAUUAUUAAAUUAUAAAUAUUUAUAAAAUGAUACUAAACUAAAAACAAAAAGAUAUGAAACGAAAACAUAUAUUUUUUAUUAAUAACUUUUUUUUUUAAUAUGAAAGUUUUUUUUA